UCUUGAAUCAAAAAUGUUAAUAGUCGUGAUAAUUUUACAAUUAUAACUUUCCUAAUUAAAAGAUUAUUCUUCAUCCUGCGUUUGUGUCCCGUUGAAACGAACAGGGUUCACAUAUAACUUGAAGUUGAACCAAUUUGGAUAUGCCAGUUUUGGAUUUUGACAUGUAAAUAUUGGACAAACAAAUACAAUGGCAGUUGAACCUGGAAACAUCACACAGCAUACUUUGCCAGAGUCAGGUAUCCAAGAAAACCUAGUUAAAGAUGAAAACACAGAGAGUGAAAAGGAAGUAAACCAGUCUGUACUACCUGCAGUAAACCAGUCUGUGCCUGAAGUAAACCAGUCUGUACUGCCUGCAGGGAUUCAGCUGCCAACUAUUAAUGAGGAACUUGCUAAAAUAUUCCCAGAAUCUGCCCACAAGUUUCUUCAAAAAAAGUCCUCUGGCAAGAGAGGAAGACCGAGAAAAUACCCAAUAAAACCUGAACAGAAAAUCUCAAACAGGGGGAGAGGUAGGCCAAAAAAGGUUGUUGAUGAAACUACACAAAUGUCUGCCCAACCUGCAGUAUCUAAAAAGUUAGGAAAAAGGGGCCGCCCAAGGAAACAUGUAGAAUCUGUAGCUAAUUGUCAAGAAAAGAAAAUGAAUGUUAAAGAGAGUCAUACAGAAAGCCAGCAGAAAGACCAAACUCAUGAGAGUAAUAUGGAGAGAGAGAAAUUGAGAAAGAGACCUAGAUUGUCAUAUGUUGAUACCUACAUAGAGGAUUAUGAAGAUGAAGAAAGUGAAGAUAAUGAUGAGGAAGGAGUUGAUAAGAAGCAUGAAGAAUGUAAUGAGGAGAAAAGAGCUUAUAUUAAGCGUAAAGGAAAUAACGAUGAGCAGGGAUGUGAGAUUAAGCAUGAGGAUUGUAAUGAAGAGAAGAGAGGUAAUAUUGAGCAUAAAGAAAGUAAUGAUGAACAAGAUGAAGAUAAGGUUGAAGAAGAAAGUAAUGAUGAUGUGUCAGAGGCAAGUUGUGAAACAUCUAAUUCUGAGUGUGACAGUAGUGAUGAGUCAGAAUCAGGUUUCGAGUCCGACAACCCAGCCUGUCCUCAAGGGAACAAACAAAAAAGAAGAAAAAUAAUA